GCGAGUAGUUGCUUCUCAAACGAAGUUGAGACUUGUGAUUCUCUCAAAGACAUGCUUCAAAGUAGGACAAAAAAUCUAUAUCAUGAGCUUUUGAAGUUCGUUCAAGCAGCAUUAUUGUGAAUGCGAAACAGUUAAAUAGUUGGAAUAAUUUAUUGCAAAUUACAUUUACGAGUUAUGAUCAAAAAGCUAAGAAAUAUUGCUGUCAAACUAGGAAUUAAACGUCCUCCUCAGCCUGCACAGAGAUUUAUACCUGUAGGCCCGAAAUCCAAAGAGUGUUUCCCAAUUGAAGGAUAUCCCUUGAGAAAACUUUAUGGAAGGAAUAAAGUUACAACAACAAAAUAUACAUGGUAUAGCUUCUUUUUUCAAAAUCUCGGAGAGCAAGCUCAAAGAGUCGCAAAUUUUUAUUUUAUCAGCCUGGCAAUUAUCCAACUGUUUACAGACUCUCCAGUAUCUCCUACUACGUCAGUAAUUCCAUUAUUUUUUGUGCUCUCGGUGACUAUGAUCAAACAAGGCUAUGAAGAUUUUUUGAGGUUAAAAGCAGAUAGAGAGAUAAAUCAUAUUCCUAUUGAAAUAGUCACCGAAAAUGGUCACUUAGAGACAGUAAAAUCUAUGGAACUUGAAGUUGGAAACAUAAUCUUAUGCAGGAAUAAUUCUUCAUUUCCUUGUGAUAUGAUAUUGUUAAGUUCAAGUGAACCUAGUGGUGAAUGUUUUGUUACAACUGCAAGUUUAGACGGUGAAACAAAUUUAAAAAAAUUUGAAGUAGCUGGUCAUACAAAUACAUUUGAUACACCAGCAUCACUUGCUUCCGAACUAAAAGGUUAUAUAUACUGUCAACAACCGGUAGAAGAUUUGUAUACUUUCAGUGGCCGUAUUUGUUUAAAGAACUCAAGUGAAGAUUUGACUACUAAAGAUUAUCCACUUGGACCUAAAAAUUUACUUUUGAGAGGAGCAUGUCUUCGUAAUACUGAUUAUAUUUAUGGUUGUGCUGUCUACACAGGUCGUGAUACAAAAUUAGCACUUAAUUCAAAAGGCAAAAUUACAAAAUUUUCUCAAGUUGAAGGAAGAUUAAAUUUUUAUUUGUUCUUUAUUUUGGGAUUUCUGGGUUUCUGUGUACUUGUCUCCAUUAUACUAAGUUCAGUAUUGGGACAUCCUAAUGCUUGGUAUCUUCCACCAGAACGAAGGAAUGUUUGGAGUGUUUUUCAAGAACUGUUAGGAUUUGUUGUCUUAUACAAUUAUAUCAUUCCAAUUUCUUUAUAUGUUACAAUAGAAAUGCAAAAAUUUAUUGGUUCUUUAUUUUUUGAAUGGGAUUUAAAUUUAUAUGAUGAGAGAAUAAAUGAAAGAGCUAAAGCGAAUACUUCGGAUUUAAUUGAAGAAAUGGGUCAGGUCGAAUAUUUAUUUACUGAUAAAACUGGUACCCUAACAGAAAAUUCCAUGCAAUUUCGUCGACUGGCCACUUCAAUGGGUGUAUUUCAUUUUGAAAAUAAUGGUUUAUUUCGUUAUACCGACUCACCACAAAGUAUACUGCAUGGUUCAACAUUGGAUCGUGAAUUGAUACGAACUCCAAUUAGUUUAGAUGAUCCAGAUGAGUUGGAUGAUUUCUCGGAAGCGGUAGAAUUCAACAAAACAAACGAUGAUUCAAUUAGUCAAUCACCAACAACAGUAAACAGUGUACAAACAUUACUACUCUUGCUAUCAUUAUGUCAUACUGUACGUGUGGAAAGAAAUAUUCCGAUGGAUUUAUUACCAAAAACGGAAUUGGAUAAAUUAAGUAAUCAUGAUAAAAUAGUACCACGUCGUGGUAGUAGUGCACUGAGACGAGCAUCGGCUGCUCAUGCAGCUACUGCAGCAUUUCGUGCAUCAAGACGUGGAAGAAAAGUCAAAGCACAAGAUUAUGAAUAUCAAGCUUCAUCUCCUGAUGAAAAAGCAUUUGUGGAAACAUGUCGUGAUUUAGGCAUAGUAUAUCAUGGUUCCGAUGAAAGUGGUUUAUUGGUAAUUACAAUUCAAGGUGAAGCAGUACGAUAUCGUUUAUUAGAUGUACUUGAAUUUGAUGCAACAAGAAAAUGUAUGUCAGUAGUUGUACAAUUUGUACCGAAAGAAAGUGACCGCUCGGAUUCAUUGAACUUUCCAAUUCUGAUUCUAUGCAAAGGUGCUGAAACAAGUCUGUUAAAUCGAAUUAAUCUUACACAACAAUCAAAUACAUUCACAGCUUAUGGUGAUCCAUUAGGUGAUAGUUUUUGUGGCGUGUCAGCAACAAAAUUUCAUAUGGAUCCAGAUCAAAUUAUGAAACAAGUCACAGAAUUUGCCACCUUAGGUUUACGUACCCUAGUUAUGGGUAUUCGAUUAAUUAGCAUGGAACAAUGGACUGAAUUGAAAUUGAAACUUGACAAAGCAAGAAGUAUGAUCGAUGCAGAACGUCAUAAAGAGUUAAUCACAGCUUAUAAUGAAAUUGAACGCAAGCUGACUUUGAUUGGAUGCACCGGUAUAGAAGAUAUGCUACAAGAAGGUGUUCCUGAGACGAUUACAGCACUUCGUGAAGCAGGAAUUAAAGUUUGGGUACUGACAGGUGAUAAAGAAGAAACGGCAGUGAAUAUAAGUUAUUCAGCUGGACAUUUUUAUCCUGGUAUGCAAGAGAUUCGUAUUACAAAUUUUACUGAUACAAUACAAUGUGGAAGUUUUAUAAAAAGUCAAAUUGAACGUAUACAUGAAUCGAAAUUAUAUGAUCCAAGCACACAAUUCGGUGUGGUUAUCGAUGGUCAAUCAUUGAAUUAUGCUCUUGUAGAACCAGUCCGUUCAUUACUAACACAAUGUUGCCUAGAAUCCAACACUGUAUUAUGUUGUCGUUCAACACCAUUACAAAAAGCUGAAGUUAUUCGUUUAAUUAAAGAAAGUCGUAAAUCAUCUCCAUUAUCAUCAAAUGUACCAAUUACAGCAGCAAUCGGUGAUGGUGCCAACGACGUCUCAAUGAUACUCGAAGCACAUAUUGGUUUCGGAAUUUAUGGUAAAGAAGGCAGACAAGCAGUUCGUGCAUCGGAUUAUGCAUUUGGACGUUUUCAUUUUUUAAAAAAUGCACUCCUUGUACAUGGACAUAAUUUUUAUCAACGUGUUGCACUGUUAGUAUUAUAUUUUUUUUAUAAAAAUUUAAUUUUUACACUACCUCAAAUGUUAUAUGGAUUUUUUUGUGCUUAUUCACAACAAUCUGUUUAUCCACAAAUUUAUUUAAUUCUAUUCAAUUUAAUUAUGACAUCAUUACCAAUAUUUUUAUAUGGUAUCUUUGAAAUACCAAUUUCACAAAUGAUUUUGUUAGAAUUUCCUAUUCUCUAUAAAGGUAUUGCAAAAAAUCGUAUUUUAUCAAAAGAACGUUUUGUGACAUGGUUUAGUUUAGCAUGUUGGCAUGCAUUUGUUGCAUUUUUCGGUGCAUAUUUAUUAACAUUUCAAGGACAAGCGAAUGAUGAUGGUUUGUCAAAGUUGAGUAAUGUGCUGUGUUUUGGCAAUUUCAUUGUAUUAUUGAUAUUUUUAAUUGUUAAUUUAAAAGUAUUAUUAAUGAGUUAUUAUUUAAAUUGGAUUAUAUUAUUAGUGUGGAAUUUAGCACUGUUAUUGAAUUUAGGCAUAUUUCUUAUUUGUAAUGUUGUUAUGUUUCCUACGGAUUUGGGAAAACAAUUAUAUGGUACGUAUACAAUUAUGUGGACUGGCCCUGGGGCUGGUUUAACAUGGCUUAGUAUAUUCUGUUUAGUAUUGUUAGCAUUAAUACCGGAUUUAAUAAUACGUACUGUGGAAGAUCAAGGUUGGCAAUGGAGGCUGAAUAGUUUACGUGAAGAAUUACGCAGAAAACAACGUGAAUCAAAACGUCAAACAAGAACAUCAGUACGUGUAUCGAUUAUGUCGAAACAAUAUGACGAAUUAGAAGAGAUUGAUGAAAAAGAUGAAAUUGAUGACCAGUCAAAUCCAAUAGUUGACAUGUUACAAAAUUAUCAAACAGACAAUAAAAUUGAUCAUCCUCAUAAUUCUUUACCGAAUUCCUUUCCAAUGAAUUUACUCAACACAAAACAACCACCAUCAUCCAUGACAGUGAAGCAACAACAAAGCAAUACAUUAGAUAAAUCCAAUUCAUCUUUUACAGAAAAAAGCAACAAUUAUACUACUUAUACUACUGCUGAUCUAAAUAGUAAUUACGAUGAUAAUUAUGAUGACAAUAAUAAUAAUCAUAACAAUAAUCAGCUGAUUGAUGAUUAUCAGGUUAGAAAAUAUCCUCCUACUAAACAUCAACAUCUUAUCACUAUGCCUAACCCGAUACAAAUUAAUCCGACUACAUUACAUGUAUCUAGAUUGUAUGAACAUGAGAAUGAUAUGAUUACUUUGAAUGACACGGCUAAUAAUAAUAAUAAUAAUAAUAAUAAUAAUAAUAAUAAUAUUUUGACAAGAUUGUAAUUUGAUUUCAUUGCAAUGGAAUCAAUCAGUCAGUCAAUCAAUCAAUCAGUCGACAAUGUAAAGCAAAAUGAAUUGCAUUUCUCGUUUUUCUUCGAUCACUCUCUCACUCUCUCUCUCCCCCAAUUCGUCUCCUUUUUGUACAUUUAUUUUCCUUUGUUCGUUGGCUGAGUUUUUUAUUUACUUCGUAUCAACCACUCACUUUCCAUGACUUUCUGUUAUUUUCACUCAGAGAUACUACUACUCAUUGAAUGAUAAUUAUUUUUGAUUAUUCAGGGAUCCAGUACUCAUUUGUUCACUCACUCACCCACACACUGACACACACAUACACAUACACGUUCGUACAUUACUCCAACGAAGCAAACAGCAAACACACCCACACACACACAGUACACAUUCUAUCCACACAAUGAACUAAUCAAUCUACACCGUCGUCGUUGUACAAAAAAGAUUUUCAUGUUUGUGUUUAGCUCAGUUUUUAUUUUUUGUUGUUUAUUUUCAAAAAAAAAUUCAUUCCCAUUGGGAAGAUCAAUAAAUACGCGAAGAGUAGGUCAUCACUUGUGAUCGAUCAUGUUGUAUACCUACCUUCAUCAAAAUAAACCAGAAGAGUGGAAGUUUUGUUUUUCUAAACAACACACAGUGAGGAACACAGAAAAGAAAAGGUUAACGAGAAUAAUAUUAGAGAUGAAAUAAACUAUGCAUCAUUGUGAUAACCCACCCACUGAUCGAUCG